AUGGUUGUAUUUGUUGAAUGAAUGUGUCACAGAAUACAAAUAAGAGUCAUCAACGGAUUUCCACCUUUGCGCCCUCUGACUUGAAACGUAUCUUUGGGGUGAAAAUUCGCUAUUUAGGAAAUACGUAACCGAAUUGGGCACCAUGGCUAAGAGAACUGAAAAACGGGAGGUUCCGAUGCUGCUCAGGAAAAUAUUAGCCAGCGAUGCCUACCUCACAAAGCUUUUUAUCAAUACUAUGGAUAAUUUCAUGCCUUUUAGACAGGUUAAAGUUCACUACAAGAUGCUUGAGGUUUCCUGCCACGGUGUACCUUGGAUAGCCUCCUGGUUAGCUUUUAUUUGGCUAUUAAACAGCAGCAGCUUGUACCAGAUGCAGGUCAACUUCAUGAUUGGAUUACUUUUGGACAUAGUCUUUGUUGCUCUGAUAAAGGCUUUGACACGUCGGCGUCGUCCAGCCUUCAAUGACGACCCAUUCGCAAUGGGACCAGACAAGUUUUCCUUCCCUUCUGGUCAUGCAUCUCGUUCAAUGUAUGUUGUUUACUUCUUUUUCAAUUUGUGGCCAGUAAAUUGGAUAUUUCGGCUCCCUAUGUUAGCGUGGAUGGUCUGCGUUUGUCUGUCAAGAGUCUUGCUCGAGAGACAUUACUUGUUGGACAUCUUAGCUGGAGUAUUUUUAGGAUUUGUUGAAGGGUUUUUCAUUGGUCUUAUUUAUCUCGACCACGAUACAUGCGUUUCCCUAGUAUCUUGGAUUUCUGAUGAGAAAUUAGACGGUGGGGAAUAUCACGUAUAAGAAAA